CAAGUCAUUCCCUCGUCCAUUUAUCGUGAGGACAACCGACUUCGAUAUGGGAGUUACUCUCUUAUGGACCCUUACUUUCCUAAUGAUGCCAUUUCUUGCAUCUCUGAAAGUCUUAUAGCCUACAUUGACAAAGGGAGAGUCAUUAUCAUCGACUAUUACCACCUGAUUUCACAGAUCCGCUCUCAACCAGGGUUCACUGGAAUAGUGGAAAUUUGGAGGAAUGAUUGGUUAGAGACAUUGGAGAGGUAUGGAGAAGCCUAUCACAAGCAUAACGUCACGCGGACACCGACCGAAGCCUUCAUUCGAAACACGCUUCAGUCUAUAGGAUGCAUCAAGAGUUAUGGGGCUCUGGAAGAUGUAUUAGGAAAGAUCGAAGAAGGAGCUCCAGGUCUCCCACUCAAAGACAGAGUCAAGUAUAUUCGAGAGGAUAAGGAACUAAUGAACGCUCUCCGCCGAAUCUGGAUAGAUGACUCUGUUUCUUAG